GAAACCGUGUAGUUUUGUUUUAAAUCAGUAGUCAAUUAAGGUAAAUUGCUCCAUUACUGCUUCGCAAUGGAUGAAACAUUCACAGUGAACCUGGCCGAAGCGAAACUUGACAUUCUGAACGGCAUCGUCGAAUGCAACAAACGCGGUUUGGUGCAGUGUGCCAAAUGGCUUGCCGAACUAAAUCACGGGCUUCCCCAGGAUAGGCUGGAACGAAAGGACGACCACGAAACGUACGAUGCGCAACGUGCCGGUAUCGCCGACAACGAGUACGACGAUUACAUACUUGCCAAGAGCUAUUUCGAUGUGCGCGAGUACGACCGAGCGACCUACUUUACGCGAAACUGCGAAUCGCCUGUGCCCAAGUUUCUGCACAUGUACUCAACGUACAUGUCGAUGGAAAAGAAGCGAUUGGACAACAUGACCGACAGCUCGGUAGUCAGCACCAAGAAGCACGCAAAAGAUUUCGCCGAUCUGGUGUCCACGCUACGCACGGAGCGCAGUCUCGGCAAGCUGGACGGAUACUGUCUUUAUCUGUACGGAGUUAUACUGAAGAAGCUCGAUCUCACCAUCCUCGCCGUGCAAGUGUUUGUAGAAGCAAUCAAUGCCGAACCGACGCUCUGGAGCGCUUGGGUGGAGCUAGCACCGCUGGUCACGCACAAGGUGAUGCUGCUCGAUCUGAAUCUGCCUAACCAUUGGAUCAAGCAGAUUUUCAUCGGGUACGCGUACAUUGAACUGUUUCUCAACGAUGAAGGAAUCAAGAUCUUCCAGCACCUGCUGAAGAUUGGUUUUGGCAAAUGCAUAUUUAUACCUACCCAGUUGGCCAUUGCUUUCUCGAACAAACGGGAUGUCGAUCGAUCGAUUGAGAUAUUUCAGCGCCUACAGAAAAUCGACCCGUAUCGUUUAGAUAAUCUCGAUUCUUAUUCCAACCUGCUGUUUGUGAAGGACAUGAAAACGGAAAUGUCUCACCUGGCACAUAAGGUUGUGGAGAUCAACAAGUACAGUCCGGAAACGUGCUGCGUCGUCGGGAACUACUAUAGCAUCCGAGCGGACCACUAUAAAGCGGUAAUGUAUUUUCAACGGGCACUCAAGCUGAACCCCCGCUACCUAUCAGCCUGGACGCUGAUGGGGCAUGAGUUUAUGGAGAUGAAAAACACUAACGCCGCCAUACAAAGCUACCGGCAGGCUGUUGAAGUCAAUCGGCGAGAUUUUCGGGCAUGGUACGGCCUCGGCCAGGCGUACGAGAUCCUCAAAAUGCCUUACUACAGUUUAUACUACUAUAAAGCCGCCCAACAGCUGCGACCAUAUGAUAGCCGAAUGCUUGUUGCGCUGGGAGAAACGUACGAAAAGUUGGACAAAGUAUCGGACGCCAUCAAGUGCUACCAGAAGGCACACAGCGUUGGUGACAUCGAGGGUGUGGCAUUGUAUAGUUUGGCCAAGCUGUACGAGAAACAGGGCGAAAUGGAGAAAGCGAUUCCGGUGUUCCUGAGCUUUUGCCGGGACGAAAAGGUGGUAGCCGAUAAAGCAUCACUGUAUCACGCAUAUAUGACCCUCGCGAACCACUACGAGAAGGUUGAAGAUUUUGAAAAAGCGUCCCACUUUGCGUAUAAGUGUUUAGACUACGAAGACACGAAGCGGGAGGCCGAGUCGUUGCUCAAGUCGAUUGCCAACAAACGGGGACACAAGUUGGCGACUUCCUCGGGUACUACAAACAUCGCUGCGGCAAAGGCUGCUACAAACGUAGAAGAUAAGCCUGACAGCGAGUCCACCGAUACGUACGGAGAGGACAUGGAUAUGGAUGAAUCGAACAUUUGUAAAACGGUGGCGGAGUUGGCCAUGGGCGAAGAAGUGCCGUUAGUAACCAGUGAGGAAAUACCAGAGUUUCAAAUGGAGGAUUCAUUCGACACGAAUGAGUAAUUGUUAGUAAUAUUUGAAAAAUAAAUACAAUAUUUUCGC